AUGAGUUCCAGCCGGUGCUGCUCGGAUGGACGAAAGCCCAGCCCAGUUUCACUCGAAACGAGGGAGGAUGUCUCCAGUUCAACACGAAUCCACCGUCGCCUUGUGGUGAGAUUGGCCUACGAAUCUGUGCAUCACACAAUGCAUACACACACACACUCACACAAUGCGACCUCAAGAGGUUCAUCGAGACCCAACCACUCUACAAAUAGGACCUUUUGCUCUUCUUGUCUGUCACAAAUGAUGUCUAUUACGGAGCGACAGGCGAAACUUCGGCAUGACGAAUCCACUCUUCUGGACGGAACACCUUCUAGACGGAUUGGCACAAGUCAACAAUCUUAA